AUGUCUAUCACAAGGGUACUCGCCGGUCCCGUCUUAGGAACAGCAGCUGCUGGUCUUGUGCUGUAUGGUGCAGGGAGCAGCUUGGCUAUACGAACCCAUCAGGUCACCGAUACUCUUCACAGUUCCAGUCGUAACCUCAGAAGGCUAGCAGAAGUUGACGAUACACAAGAUCUUCUCAAAACAUUAGAUGUUGCACCCGAAAAUGAAGUUCUAGCCUCUAAAUUGGAUCAAUCGAAACAAAAUAUCGAAAAUGCCUUACCCUCAGCUUAUCAAAGACCAUCAGAACAAAGUUUAACCGAACAAAUCAAAGCAAGAUGGAACGAGAAAUUGAUUGCGCUGACAAAUGUGAUCUCUGAAACAGAUUUGGACAAAAUUGUAUCUUCCAUCUCAAAUGCAGGCUCAUUCGUCUAUUCAAAGGUGAGCGGACAAACGAUCACCACACCUGACAUAAAUCCAACAGGACCGGCAUCAACUUUUGCAUCCAAUCUUCGGGCUUUGGCACCAACAGCUCCUCAAGCAGCCACCUUGCGUGACCCUGUUGUGCCUCUUCCUGAUGCCAGACUGUACGCACCAAACACACAUUACGUUGGACAAGGUGCAAGUCUACGGUAG